UCAGUUCUGGAGCAGAGGAACGGAUUCGGUCCGGAUUUUCACGUUUUACGAGUCACGGAAGAGCCAUGCGCUCGCGACAGCCGCUGUGCGGAGAUUGACGCGCGUUUUCCGUCUAAACCAGCGCUCGGUGUGUUUGAGAGGCUCGCGCGGAUUCCAGGGCUCGAUCCGCGGACCGGAGUAACGGAGCGCCGGUCCCAUGUUGCAACCGAACCAACACGACCACGACCGCUCCAAAGAUCCGGUGAAAUACGGAGAACUGGUGAUUCUCGGGUAUAAUGGCUCUCUUCCCGGAGGAGACCGCGGUCGCAAGAGGAGUCGCUUCGCUCUUUACAGAAGGGCCAAAGCGAACGGCGUCAAGCCCAGCGCCGUGCACAUCCUCAGCAACCCACAGGACAGCAAGGCGGUGAACAGCAGGGGGCAGCACAGCAUCUCCUUCACCCUCUCCAGGAACCAGACGGUUGUGGUGGAGUACUGCCACGAUAACAACACCGACAUGUUCCAGAUCGGCCGCUCCACCGAGAGCCCCAUAGACUUCGUGGUGACAGACACUCCAGGAGGAUCCCAGGAGAGCGAAGACUCAUCCUCGGCGCCCAGCACCAUCUCCCGCUUCGCCUGCAGGAUCGUCUGCGACCGAAACCCGCCCUACACCGCCCGCAUCUACGCCGCCGGCUUCGACUCCUCCAAGAACAUCUUCCUCGGGACAUCGCAAUCUAUGCUUCAAACGGACGAUCCGUGGCGUUUUGUAGCAGGAAAUCCAACUCUGUGUCUCUGCGUCUUCCGAGCGAGCUCCAGUGAAUGCUGUUCCACUCAUUCUCGACCUGGCGACGGGUCAGCUCAGGUUUACACUAGUCCAAGUUUACAAGCGUGGUUAGGAGUGUCCAAACGUGUGCCUGCAUCGCCGUCCACAGGGUUUUUCUCUCUCGGAGGUCAACGGGAAUGGCAUUUCCAGCUCAAACGGUUGGAUAUCGUUCAGUAA